CAACUAUUGCAAAUUGUGUACUCAACCAAAUAAGUAGUUGUUUUGAGGCUUCUUAUUUUGCUGAAAAUAUUAGGGAAGAAUCGAUGAGUCCUAAAGGACUAAAUCCAAUGCCGCAACAACUUCUUUCAACUAUUUUAAAACAUUUUGAUAUUGUGAUAGAUUCCAAAGUAAAAAAAACAAUGCUUAGUCGUAAACAAGUUCUUAUUGUUUUUGAUGAUGUGACAACUUUGAGCCAACUAGAAUGUUUAGUUGAAGAUAUAUAUUGCUUUGGUCUAGGAAGUCAAAUCGUUAUUACAACUACAGACAGACAAGUACUUCGAAGUUGUGGAGUAGGUGAAACAUAUUUAUAUGAGAUGAUGGGGUUACCUGAGCACGAAGCAAUUCAACUUUUUAGAUGGUAUGCUUUUCAACAAAGUAAUCCCAACGAAGAUUAUGAUGACCUAACAAAAAGGGUAGUAAAAUAUGCUAAAGGUGUUCCACUAGUUCUUAAAGUGUUGGGUUGCCAUUUAGUUGGUAAGUCAAUACAAAUUUGGGAAAGUGCAAUAAAUAGAUUAAAAAGAAUUGCUCAUAAGGAUAUUCACAAUGUACUAAAAGUAUGUUAUGAGGGACUAAAUGAUGAUGAACAAAACAUAUUUCUAGAUAUUGCAUGCUUCCUUAAGUUGGAGAAAAAGGAUUUUGUGAUGGACUUCUUGUAUGCUUGUGGCCUGGAGGCUGAAAUCGGACUAAGUGUUCUCAUUGACAAGUGUCUUGUGACCAUAUCAAGAGAUAAUAAGGUAAAAAUGCAUAAUUUGCUUCAAGAUAUGGGAAGGGAAAUUGUCCGACAAGAAUCCACGAAAUAUCCUGGUUUACGCAGCCGUUUAUGGUACCAUAAAGAUAUCAAUAGUGUAUUGAAGGAAAACAAGAUGUCUAAUGCAAUAGAAGGCAUAUGUUUAGACAUGUCUAAGCAAGCAGAGAUCAUUUUCUUACAACCUUUUUCUUUAGGAGUGAUGGAUCAACUGAGAUUGUUUAAACUACAUAACUCGUACUAUGAAGUGAAUAAUAUCAAUAAGGUGUAUGUUUGCCAAGGGCUUAGUUCUGUUUCCUCUGAGCUACGAUACGUAUGUUGGCAUGGAUGUCCAUUGAAAUCAUUGCAACCAAAUUUUCUGUCAAAGAACCUUGUUGCGCUUGAGAUGCCUCAUAGUGAUAUUGAACAACUUUGGUCUAGUGCUCAGCUUGAUAAUUUGAAACAUAUUGAUCUCAGUUUUUCUGAACAUCUGAGAAUCCAAGAUCUCUCAUUGACUCCGAAUCUUAAAAUUUUGGUUCUGGAAGGUUGUAUAAGUUUACAUGAGAUUUCUUCAUCUAUUCACGGUUGCAAAUAUAAGCUUCAUAUGUUAAAUCUAAGGCACUGCAGAAGCCUUGAGAGUCUUCCAACAGACAUUCAUGUAGCAUAUUUUGGAAAAGUUAUCUUUUCUGGAUGUUCAAAACUCAAGAAGUUUCCAAAAGUGUCGUGGGAUAUGAAAGAGUUAUAUUUAGAUAAAACUGCAAUUGAGGAGUUGCCCCUAUUAAUAGAGAAUUUAUCCAGACUAGUGAUAUUAAAUCUUAAGAACUGCUCAAUGCUUCAGAGGCUUCCAAGCAAUAUCCACCAGUUGAAAUCUCUUAAACAUCUCAAUCUGUCCGGUUGUUUAAAACUUCAUGGAUUGCCUGAUAAACUGGGAAAAUUACAAGCUUUGAAGGUGCUUAAAGCAGAGAGGGUCGCUGUUGGAGAAAUACCAACAUCCAUUCUAAAUUUAAGCUGUCUAGAAGAAUUAGACCUGACCAACUGUAGUAUUGAGAGGCUGCCGACAAAUCUUGGUCGGUUAUCAUUACUAAAAAGUUUACUUCUCGGCAGAAACUUUUUUGACAGCAUUCCAGAAAGUAUUGAAUACAUUUCUGGAUUAUCUUAUCUUGACGUGAGCCAUUGCCAGAGGCUUCGAAUCCUGCCUAAGCUUCCAAGAAAAUUAGAAAUUAUAAAUGCAAACAAUUGCAUAUCAUUGGAAGCAUCACAGAAUUUGUUCCAUCCCUUCGAAAGAGAUUUUCGUCAUGGCCUAAAUUUUAACUUCAGCAAUUGUUUCAAACUAACUCAAGAGUUCUGCAGUCGAAUUGUGAAAUAUUUUGAAGGGCCAAUGAUGCUCGGAGCGGCAGAUUUUAUAAGUACUCAUAGAAGUUUCAUCUGUUUUCCGGGAAAUGAAAUUCCAGAGUCGUUUGUUUCUCAGAGUAUAGGUUCUUUUAUAACUCUGCCUCCACAGAUAAUUUUUUUCAGAAGUUAUUUUAUCUGUGUUGUGGUGGAGUUUCGAGACUAUCAUAAUAGAGGCCAGGGUUUGGCAGUUGGCUUUGAGUGGUCACUCACAGAUCAAAAUGGUGUAGAGGAUAUAUUCCAUGGAACUUGGAGUGUAUGGGACUAUGGUACUGGACCAGACUAUGUGGAUUCAGAUCACAUAUUGCUGGGAUAUGAUCAUACUUUUAAGUUCUUUGAUCCACUUUUUCCUACUUAUAAAGCAUAUCGUGACAUAAGCGUCCGAUUUCAUGUUGAGAAUUCAUAUGCUGAAAGACUAGACUGCUGCAAAGUGAAAAAGUGUGGAGUUGAGAGGGUGAAGCCUUAAAACCAAAAAAAUUGAAACUUUCAACGCAUCGAGCUCGAGGUAAAUAAGUUACUAGUUUCUUUUCCCCUUUUCUUUCUAUAAUGUCUAUCUUUGUAAGAUUUCAUGUUACUUCGAUUGUCAGAUAUAUGUCCCACAUGUUUGUCUUUCUUUAUUUCACCCAGUCAUUAUCAAUACUGUAAUGUGAUUUGUUUUUCAUUUGUUAUGUUCACUUAUGAUCUGGCCCAACUGUUCCGCAAACAAA